CCCACGAGUCUAUCAGAGAACACUUCGCCCUGCUCCCUUGUUCGUACAUAAGCUCCAGUCGAAGUCUCCUGAUCUUCUCCUUCUUUCUGAGUUCCUAAACACUGCAGUGAGAAAGUAGAAGCUUAAGCUCUAAAAGACAUCUCUUCGGUUUCGCGUGCUUUUUAUUUGGAAGAGAAUGGCUUCUUCUUCAUCUUCAACAACAGAGAGAAGAGGAAUACCGGGGGCUCAAUUUGUACAAGAUGUCGAAACCUAUCUCACCCAAUCUGGUCUCGAUGUCAACUCUGCUCUUUCCUUCCUCCAAGAAAGGCUUCAGCAAUAUAAGUUAGUCGAGAUGAAACUUCUUGCCCAGCAGAGGGAUCUUCAGGCAAAGAUCCCUGAUAUUGAGAAAUGUUUAGAUGUGGUUGGAACUUUACAGGCCAAGAAGGGUACUGGUGAGGCACUUAUUACUGAUUUUGAAGUCUCUGAAGGCAUAUAUUCACGGGCUCACAUUGAGGAUGCUGAUUCAGUGUGUUUGUGGCUGGGAGCAAAUGUCAUGUUGGAAUAUUCAUGUGAAGAGGCCACUGCCCUUUUGCAAAAGAAUUUAGAUAAUGCUAAAGCUAGUUUAGAAGUUCUUGUAGCUGAUUUACAAUUCUUGAGGGAUCAAGUCACAAUAACACAGGUAACUAUUGCUCGAGUUUACAAUUGGGAUGUUCACCAGCGUAGGAUGCGACAAGCUUCCAGUACUUCUACAGAUUCAUGAAACAAAGGUCAAAUGCAGCCCAGAUUCAGAGGUGACUAUAUAUUCUUGUUGAGAAUGUGGUUCUCAUUUCAUAUUGUUUAAUUUAGGUGAAUGGAUUGUCUUUGUAUUCUAAGUGAUACAAAUUUUGGUUCAUGGGUUUCCUGCACUUCUUGUUUAAAAUUCUGGAUGAAGCUUAUUAUAUUUUUCGGACCUAUUUUUGUAUGUAAUAGGACUUCUCGGCUUAAGCAGCAAUGUCUUUGUUUGCCCCAA